CAGCUAUCCUACGUCACAGACAUCUGCUCAGCUCCAACUAGUUUUCAGCUGCUCUCAGUAGAUCACGAAUAACGCACCAAUCCCAGUCACCACGCUACAUUAUCGACGGGGUAGUAUAAGCACUAAACCCCCAUUGGGUUCGGUAAACCAUCUAGGCUCUCUCAGCUGGCUAUUUAGGCAAUAAUCGAGACCUGUACGAUUCACUCUACAUUAUUCACAGAUCAUCGUCCUACGGCAAUUAUUGUCCCGGAACCAAGUUUUGCUUUUUGCGUUUUGUAAUAUAUUUAUAGACAGCCAGCUCCAGCGAGCAGUUUGCACUUUGUCAUCCAACGGAUUACCCUCAACAACUUUUAUCGUCCAAAAAUGCACUUCUCAACCACUGCAGUCCUCUUGCUCGCGGGUGGCAGCGCCACCGCUUUAAAGCACGCUGUCGAUAGCUCUACGCUUGUAUCAGUUGCAACAUUCCAAAAGGCUUAUGGGGAAGGCUUUACCAAGGCUAUUCCUCGUGGUUACCAGGAGGCUUGUGGCUCUGGUGGUCGUGUUGACCCCAACUUUGUCCAGACGUACAAGAAUGCUCGAGCUGCCGGCUAUACCGAUAUUGAUACCUAUUUCUUUCCUUGCAACGGAUCUGGCAACAAAUGCAAAUCGUAUGCAACUCAAAUCUCCGAACUUGGCGCAACCUUCCAGAGUAACAAAAUGAACAUUGGCCGAAUCUGGAUUGACUUUGAAAAGGAUAGCGUCUGCAACCCGUGGAACUAUGGGAGCAGUGGAAACUUGGCAGAGGCUAAAAAGUUGGUUGCCGCUAUGCGAGACUCCGGCUACGUCUUCGGCAUCUACUCCUCGCCAGGUGAAUGGUCCAACAUCUUUGGCUCCUACGGUGUAGUCGUUGCCAACGAUGUGCCUCUCUGGUUUGCCACGUACGACAACGUUGAGACGUUGAACAUGAAGCAGCCCUUCGGUGGAUGGACCUCUGCAACAGGAAAGCAGUACACUGAUAAGUCUGCAUCUGGACAGUUUGAUUUGAAUGUAUUUGCUUAAAUCACAAAGACAAUCCGUACAGUUAUACCAAUUCAGAUGUAUACACCACCAUACAGCAUCAUUAUACACUU